AUGCCGAACUCAGAUGCUGAGAAUGUGCUGCGUAUACUUGUAUCUACGGAUAAUCAUGUAGGGUAUGCUGAGAAAGAUGGUUUAAGGGGUCAGGACUCUAUCCGAACUUUUGAAGAAAUUCUUCGGCUUGCUGUCUCCAAUAAUGUGGAUCUAAUCUUAUUCGCUGGAGAUAUUUUUCAUGAAAGUCGACCUUCCAUGAAGUCUUUACAUGAAGUGAUGCGUCUACUUCGCAUUUAUUGCUUAGGAGACAAACCCGUUCAAUUCGAACUUCUUAGUGAAGGCAAAACUGUUUUUGCAAAUACAGCGUUCCCAAAUGCAAAUUAUUUAGAUACCAAUUUCAAUGUAGAAAUCCCUGUGUUCACAAUUCAUGGAAAUCACGAUGAUCCUUCAGGUCCUGGGGGAUUAUGUGCAGCUGACCUACUUCAUACUGCUGGUUUGAUAAAUCUGUUCGGAAAAAUGGCAUCAGUUGAAAGGAUUGAUUUGACUCCUGUUUUGUUACGCAAGGGUGACACACGUGUAGCUUUAUAUGGUCUUGGAUCUGUUCGGGAAGAGAGACUUCACAGAUUAUUUCUGAAUAAUAGUGUAACCUUUUAUCGUCCUACCGAAAGUGUGGAUGAUUGGUUCUCCAUAUGUACAGUUCAUCAAAAUCGUGUUCACCAUGGACCUACAUGUUAUCUACCUGAACAUUUUCUCCCUGAUUUCCUUGAUCUUGUUAUAUGGGGACAUGAACAUGAAUGUCGUGUUGAACCUGAAUGGAAUUCCGCCAGAAACUUCUACGUUGUUCAACCUGGUAGUUCUGUAGCUACUUCUCUCUCCGAAGGUGAAGCUCAGGACAAAGCAGUUGCAUUACUGGAAGUGAGAGGAAAAGAGUUUAAGGUUACGCGUUUACCUUUACGCACUGUCAGACCAUUUCUAUUUCGAGAUUUGGUUUUGCAAGAUCAUGUACCGAAAUUAGACCCGAAUGCACCUGAUAUUAUUAAACAAGUUGAAUCAAUAUGUGAUAAACUUAUUGAAUCAGAGAUAGGCAAAGCUGUAGGCAUUUCUGCUGAAGCUUUAUCAAAUGAACUGAAAUCUAAUGAUAGUAAUUCAUCUGAGAGUAAAAAGUGUGAAUCUAAUGAAAGCAUCAAGGUGGCGUCAACUCAACGAUUACUUCCUCCAGCAGAACCUCUUAUCAGACUUCGUGUUGAUUUAAGCGGUGGAUUUGAAUCAUUCAGUGCACUUAGAUUUGGUCAGAAAUUUGUUGGCCGUGUGGCAAAUCCUAAAGAUUUAGUUGUUUUUAAUCGAAAUCGUGAAAAAUUGGCAGCUGCACAAGCGAAUCGUGCCUUGAAAUCUGGCUUACAAAAUAGUACAAUCAGUGAUGAUGCUAGUGAAGUGGAAGUUGAAAAUAAAAAAGUUGGUUUGGACUCUGCUGAAGUUGAAGAGCUUAUACGUCAAUAUUUGCUUCAAAUGGCUCAGACUAAAGGACAAGAACCUUCAGAAGAGUUAACUUGUGGACUAAGCUUAUUCACUACGCAUGAACUUGAACGUGGACUUCGACGGUAUGUAGAUCGGGGUCUUUCUGAUGCUAUAAAUCACACUUCUUCAUCUGUUUUAAACAAGACACUGCGUCAUCUUAGAGUGCGCAAAGCCCCAGAAGAACGUAUUGUAGCUGAUAUCUUGUCAUACUGCUGUUCUAGAAGUGUGAAGGCUGCACAGAAUCAAGAUAGUGACAAUGAAGAAAAUGAAGAUAAUUAUAGUCCUGUUAAAUCGCCCAAUGAUCCGAAAAAGCAAGUAAAAUCAAAUACAAAACCAGCUGACCGUCAAGAAUUAGAAUGGAGUCUUGAAGAAGAUGAAGAUGAACAGCAACAAAUACAUAGUAAUCUAACAGCGGAAACAGUUCAAGUGAAUAAAACUCGUAGCAAAGGUGUUUCUCAAAAAAGUCAUCCAAUCAUCAAUAAAAAGUCGACAGUCAAAAAUCAAAUGAUACUGGAUGGAGAUGAUGAUUUUCGCAUAGAUUCAGACGAUGAUGAAUCCACAGCACUAGCAGAUAUGGUUGAAGAGGUAUCUUCAGAUGUGGAAACCAAUUCGUCGCCAAUAAUUCAGAAAACUAGUCGACGAGGACGUGGGCGUGGACGUGGACAAGGUGUCGGCGGUAGCACUAGUCGUGGUGAUACUACUGUAAAUAGUUCAUCUAGAGGUAGAGGAGGAGGUAGUCGUAGAGGUGGUUUAAAGUCAGGAUUAAGAGAGAAAGACGAUACAGAGGAUAAUGAUGAUUGUCUUAAUUUUGAUUUUCGUCGUAAACGUCGAAAAAUCGAAUAA